AAGGCAGAGAGAAGGAGGUUAGGGAGGGAGUGGAUAUGCAGAGGGGAAGUUCUCGCCUGCCAGCUGGCUGUUUGCAAGAUCUCAGACGGCAGCUCGUGCUGUAUGGCGAGUUUAUCCUUCUUUUGCAGCAGUGCAACAAGAGAAAAAAACAUAGGGAUUGACAGCCUCUGGGAUUCUAGGUGCUCAUAGACAACUGUGAACCUGCGUGGAUUACAUACCUUUUUUACAGGAUAUGCUCUGCUGCGUGUGCUCAAGCAUCGUUUUUUUCUGUUGACAGUGCAGAAAGCAGGACACUGCAGUGAGUUGAGGAUAUAAAGGGAAUGCUUGGAGGACCACAGAGACGAUCUCACUCUUGGACAGGUAAUCUCUGACGGAGGCCAAACUCUGAGGUGGAGGAGGCUGUAAAGAGGCCCUGAAGGAGCCUCCCACCCUCCCUACCCGACCAGCCAGACGCAUUGGACAGCCAUGGCUCCUCGGAAACGUGGCGGUGGCAACCGGGGUGGAGGCCUCUCCUUCAUCUUCUGCUGUUUUAACAGCAAUGAUCACCCGGAGAUCACCUACAGGCUGCGUGAGGACUUUGCCCUGCAGGCCAUGGAGCCAUCACUGCCGAUGCCAGGGUACGAUGAGCUGGACGACAUGUUCUCUGAGUUGGUGGAUGAGCUCGACCUUACAGAGAAGCACAGGGAGGCCAUGUUCGCUCUGCCCGCAGAAAAGAAAUGGCAGAUCUACUGCAGCAAAAAGAAGGAACAAGAAGAAAACAAAAGUGCAACCAGUUGGCCAGAGUACUACAUUGAUCAGCUCAAUUCAAUGGCAGCUAGAAAGACGCUCCUCGCACUGGAGAAAGAGGACGAGGAGGAGAGAAACAAAACCAUAGAGAGCUUGAAGACCGCUCUGAGGACACAACCCAUGAGGUUCGUUACUCGUUUUAUCGACCUGGACGGCUUGACAUGCAUCCUGAACUUCCUGAAGAGCAUGGACUACGAGACCACAGAGUCGCAGAUCCACACGUCUCUGAUUGGCUGCAUCAAAGCUCUCAUGAACAACUCACAGGGCCGCGCCCACGUCCUCUCUCACUCUGAGAGCAUCAACAUCAUCGCUCAAAGCCUGGCCACAGAGAACAUCAAGACCAAAGUUGCUGUGUUGGAGAUCAUGGGUGCUGUGUGUCUGGUCCCUGGUGGACACAAAAAGAUCCUGGAGGCCAUGCUGCAUUACCAACGCUUCGCCUGCGAGAGGACGAGAUUUCAGACACUAAUAAACGAUUUGGACCGGAGUACAGGGCGAUACAGAGAUGAGGUCAACCUGAAAACAGCUAUCAUGUCCUUUAUUAACGCUGUCCUGAGUCAAGGGGCCGGAGAGACAAGUUUGGAAUUCCGCAUCCACCUCCGAUAUGAGUUUCUAAUGCUGGGGAUCCAACCUGUGAUCGAUAAGCUACGUUCUCAUGAAAACUCUACAUUAGACAGGCAUUUGGACUAUUUUGAGAUGCUGCGAAACGACGAUGAGCUGGCUUUGUCAAAGCGUUUUGAGUCGGUACAUAUAGACACCAAGAGUGCCAGCCAAGUUUUUGAUCUCAUCCGUAAGAAGAUGAACCACACUGAUGCAUACCCGCACUUUAUGUCCGUCCUGCAUCACUGUCUCCUCAUGCCACACAAGAGGAGCGGUAACACGGUGCAGUACUGGCUGCUGUUGGAUCGUAUCGUCCAGCAGAUGGUUUUGCAGACUGACAAAGGUCACGACCCGGACGUCACACCACUGGAGAAUUUUAACGUGAAGAACGUAGUCCGGAUGCUGGUGAAUGAAAAUGAGGUCAAACAGUGGAAAGAGCAGGCAGAGAAGAUGAGGAAAGAGCACCAUGAGUUGCAGCAGAAGUUUGAUAAGAAGGAGCGUGAAUGUGAUGCGAAGACUCAGGAGAAGGAGGACAUGAUGCAGACGCUCAACAAGAUGAAAGAGAAGCUGGAAAAGGAGAGCACCGAGCACAAGAAUGUCAAACAGCAAGUGGCCGAACUCACUGCCCGACUGCACGAACUCAGCACUCAGCGACAAGCUGCCGUUGUUCCCGGAGGCCCUCCCCUCCUUCCAGGUCCUCCUGGUGGUCCUGUGCCUCCUCCACCCAUGCCAGCCUUCGGAGGCAUGGUCCCACCUCCACCGCCUCCUCCCGGAGGCAUGAUGCCUCCUCCUCCUCCCCCGCCCCCUCCUCCCGGUGGUCCUCCACCUCCUCCUGGACGCGCACCCAUCGGAGGCAUCCCUCCCCCUCCAGGAGCACCCCUAGGACCCUCCCUGAAAAUGAAGAACAUUCCCCAGCCAGCCAAUGCGCUCAAGUCCUUCAACUGGUCCAAGUUAGCUGAGAAUAAACUGGAGGGCACCGUGUGGAUGGAGGUUGAUGAUGCCAAGGUUUUCAAAAUCCUGGACCUGGAGGACAUAGAAAAGACCUUUUCAGCCUAUCAGAGACAGCAGGACUUCUUUAUGAUCAAUAACAGCAAACAGAAAGAGGCCGACGAUGACACGCUGAGCUCUAAAAAAGUCAAAGAGCUUUCCGUCAUCGAUGGCCGCCGAGCUCAAAACUGCAACAUUCUGCUCUCACGGCUGAAGCUCUCAAAUGAGGAGAUCAAGAGAGCCAUACUAACCAUGGACGAACAGGAGGAUCUUCCCAAAGACAUGCUGGAGCAGCUGCUGAAGUUUAUCCCUGAGAAAAGCGAUGUGGAUCUUCUGGAGGAACACAAACAUGAGCUCGACCGUAUGGCAAAACCUGACCGUUUCCUCUAUGAGAUGAGCAGAAUAAACCACUACCAGCAGAGGCUGCAGUCUCUCUACUUCAAAAAGAAGUUUGCAGAGAGGAUAGCAGAGAUGAAGCCCAAAGUAGAAGCUCUGACAAAGGCGUCCAAGGAGAUUUUACACAGCAGAAACCUGAAGCAGCUGCUGGAGGUGGUGCUGGCCUUUGGAAACUUCAUGAACAAGGGUCAGAGGGGGAACGCUUACGGCUUCAAGGUGUCCUCUCUCAACAAGAUCGCUGAUACCAAAUCCAGUAUUGACAAAAACAUCACUCUCCUGCACUACCUGAUCACCAUCCUGGAGAAGAAAUACCCCAAAGUCCUGAUGUUCCAGGAAGACCUGCAGAGCAUCUCGGUGGCAGCCAAAGUCAACAUGACUGAGCUGGAAAAAGAUAUCAACAACCUGCGAAGCAGCUUGAAAAGUGUAGAGAGUGAGCUAGAAUACCAGAAGAAGCGACCGCAGGAGCUGGGCGACAAGUUUGUGUCGGUGGUGAGUCAGUUCAUCACCGUGGCCAGCUUCAGCUUUUCUGAUGUGGAGGACUCUCUCACCGAGGCCCGGGAGCUUUUCCUCCGGGCAGUAAAGCACUUUGGCGAGGAUGCCAGUAAGAUGCAGCCAGAUGAGUUCUUUGGCAUCUUCGACCAGUUCUUGCAGUCAUUCGCCGAAGCGCAGCAGGAGAACGAGAACAUGCGGAAACGCAAAGAGGAGGAGGAGCGCAGGGCCAAAAUGGAAGCUCAGCUGAAAGAGCAGAGGGAGAAGGAGCGAAAGGCCCGGAAAGCGAAGGCGAACGGGGAAGACGAUGGCGGGGAGUUUGACGACCUGGUGUCGGCGCUGAGGUCAGGUGAAGUCUUUGACAAGGACUUGUCCAAGAUGAAACGCAACCGCAAGCGCUUUAACAGCCAGAACACGGACUCAACCAGAGAGCGACCAAUCACAAAGCUCAACUUCUAAGCGUUUGUUGAGGUCAUCGUGAUAUUUUCUUUGGUUUUUGCCCCCCCCCCCCCCCCCCCCCCCCCCCCGCCCUCAUCACAAGUUUCCCUCUGGGUCGAAGUGACAUGCACAUUCCUCUGCACCUCCCUCCAUUCCCACCCAGCUCGGCUUCAUGGGUGCAGCGCUACAUGUUCAAACCGCUCAUCCUCCCGAGGUUUUGAUGUUUUAACGGGACAGAAGCCAAAAGUUGUUAUUAACGACCAAACCCGGAAAAA